AGGAAAAACACAAGAUCCUCUAAGAGUACUUGAAGUGUUCUCCUGUUUUCACCUUUGAGUUCUUCUUAAUAUAACUCUGCUCUCUUUGAGAAUACAAUAUAUAAAAAUAUAUAUAUUUAGCUGAGAGAAAACAUAACAAAACAAAGAUGGAGAACAAAGCAGGAUGUUUAAGUAGUUUCUUCCAAAAGGCAAAGCCUUACAUAGCAAUGAUCUCAUUGCAAUUUGGUUAUGCAGGAAUGAAUAUUAUUACUAAAGUUUCCCUUAAUGGAGGAAUGAGUCAUUAUGUUUUGGUUGUUUAUAGACAUGCCUUUGCUACUGCAGCUAUUGCUCCUUUUGCUCUUGUUCUUGAAAGAAAACUCAGACCAAAGAUGACUUUCAUGAUGUUCUUGCAAAUUUUUGUAUUGGGCCUUCUAGGGCCAGUGAUUGAUCAAAACUUCUACUACAUGGGACUUAAGUUUACAUCCCCAACAUUCUCAUGUGCCAUGAGCAACAUGCUUCCUGCAAUGACAUUUGUCAUGGCUGUCCUAUGCAGAAUGGAGAAAGUGCAUAUAAAAAAGUUGAGAUGCCAAGCAAAAGUUGUGGGUACUAUAGUGACUGUGGCUGGAGCCAUGUUGAUGACAUUGUACAAAGGACAUGUUAUUAAUUUGGUUUGGUCAAAUAAUAUCCAUACAAAUACUUCUAAUGUUCCUGAAUCCAAUGAAGCUACUGAUAAAGAUUGGCUUAAAGGUUCAAUCCUUCUAAUUCUUGCCACUUUUGCAUGGGCUUCUUUCUUUAUACUUCAGAAUGUUACAAUGAGGAAAUACACUGCUCCACUUUCUCUAACUGCACUUGUUUGCUUUAUGGGAACUCUGCAAUCAAUUGCUGUCACCUUAGUGAUGGAACACAAAACUUCUGCUUGGGCUAUUGGUUUUGACAUGAACCUUCUUGCUGCUGCCUAUGCUGGUAUUGUAUCAUCAAGUCUUGCAUACUAUGUUCAAGGUCUUGUAAUGGAGAAAAGAGGACCUGUCUUUGUCACUGCUUUCAGUCCCUUGAUGAUGAUCAUUGUUGCUAUUAUGGGCUCUUUCAUUCUUGCUGAAAAAAUCUAUCUUGGAGGUGUGCUAGGAGCAGUGCUAAUUGUGGCUGGACUAUACUCAGUUUUAUGGGGAAAAUACAAGGAAUAUAAGGAGAAAGAAAUUGAGGUUGCAAUUCCUGAACCAUUGAAAGGAGUUACAGAGAACAACCAAAUGAUGAUUUUAGAAGAUAGAGAAGUAAAUGACAUAGAAAUGCAAAGCAGUGCAGUAGCCAUUAGUGUUUCAAUGUCACAGCCUCCAAUGUUGGCUAAAGAAGCACCAAAAGCUUGAGUUAUGAAAAAAGAAAGAGAAAAAAAACAAUAAAAACAGAGUUUAUUAGGUGGUUUAAGGAAGGAUUAAGAAAAAUUAGAAGAGGGUAUUUUGCUUUAUUCCCUUUUUCUGUUACCGGUAAAUAAUGGAGGUGCAAUGUAAUUUUUUGGCUUUAUAUAAUACUUACUAGUAUUUGAUGCAGCAAUUAGUUAACUCCUU